CUGAGGCGGAGGGUGAAGCGGGCGGGGGGGGGGCAGCGCAGGUUCCUGUGUGCGCUGGCUGCGGCCUGGCACCGGGGCGAGGAGGAAGAGGAGGGGGCGGCGGGGCCGGGCCCGGAGCAAGACUAUGGACCCGGCCGAGGCCGUGCUGCAGGAGAAGGCCCUCAAGUUCAUGAAUCGAUGCGGAUUGACUGGGAGUUCAGGAGAGGAUUUUGUCAGUCAGCUUUCAAGCAGAGAACGCAGAGGCCGGUCCCUCGUUUGUGGAGCUGACAGUACAAAAUGCUCUAUGCCCAGAUCUCUGUGGCUGGGCUGCUCCAGCCUGGCGGACAGCAUGCCCUCGCUGCGAUGCCUGUAUAACCCAGGGACUGGCGCACUCCCAGCUUUCCAGAACUCCUCUGAGAGAGAAGACUGUAAUAAUGAUGAGCCCCCUAGGAAGAUCAUUCCCGAGAAGAAUUCACUUAGACAGACCUACAACAGCUGUGCCAGACUGUGCUUAAACCAGGAAACGGUGUGUCUAGGAAGCACGGCUAUGAAGACUGAAAAUUGUGUGGCCAAAACAAAACUUGCCAAUGGCACUUCCAGUAUGAUUGUGCCCAAGCAAAGAAAACUGUCUGCAAGCUAUGAGAAGGAGAAGGAGCUCUGCGUCAAGUAUUUUGAACAGUGGUCCGAGUCUGACCAGGUGGAGUUCGUGGAGCACCUCAUCUCCCAGAUGUGUCACUACCAGCACGGACAUAUAAACUCAUACCUCAAACCCAUGUUACAGAGGGACUUCAUCACUGCACUGCCAGCUCGGGGAUUGGAUCAUAUUGCUGAGAACAUCCUGUCCUACCUGGAUGCCAAAUCGCUGUGCGCCGCUGAGCUGGUGUGCAAGGAGUGGUACCGCGUGACGUCGGACGGCAUGCUCUGGAAGAAGCUGAUCGAGAGGAUGGUCAGGACAGACUCGCUCUGGAGGGGGUUGUCGGAGAGGAGAGGAUGGGGACAAUACCUAUUUAAAAACAAACCCCCAGAUGGCUCCGCUCCACCCAACUCCUUCUACAGAGCACUUUACCCCAAAAUUAUACAGGACAUAGAGACAAUAGAGUCAAACUGGCGGUGUGGAAGGCACAGUUUACAGAGAAUCCACUGCCGAAGUGAGACGAGCAAAGGGGUUUAUUGUUUACAGUAUGAUGAUCAGAAGAUAGUAAGUGGCCUACGAGACAAUACUAUUAAGAUCUGGGAUAAGAACACAUUGGAAUGCAAGCGAAUUCUCACCGGACACACGGGUUCUGUCCUGUGCCUCCAGUACGAUGAGCGGGUGAUCAUCACUGGAUCUUCGGACUCAACAGUCAGGGUGUGGGACGUGAAUGCGGGCGAGAUGCUGAACACACUGAUUCACCACUGUGAAGCAGUAUUGCACCUCCGCUUCAAUAACGGCAUGAUGGUGACAUGUUCCAAAGACCGAUCCAUUGCCGUGUGGGACAUGGCCUCACCAACAGACAUCACCCUGAGGAGAGUGUUAGUAGGGCACCGAGCUGCUGUCAAUGUAGUGGACUUUGAUGACAAGUACAUCGUAUCAGCAUCAGGUGACAGAACUAUCAAGGUAUGGAACACUAGUACCUGCGAAUUUGUGCGCACCUUAAAUGGCCACAAACGAGGCAUUGCAUGUCUGCAGUACAGAGACAGGCUGGUAGUGAGCGGCUCUUCAGAUAAUACUAUCAGGCUAUGGGAUAUCGAGUGUGGGGCAUGUUUACGAGUACUGGAAGGCCACGAAGAGCUGGUGAGAUGCAUACGCUUUGAUAACAAGAGGAUAGUCAGCGGGGCAUAUGAUGGGAAAAUUAAGGUAUGGGAUCUUGUGGCUGCUUUGGACCCCCGUGCUCCAGCAGGGACCCUCUGCUUGCGAACCCUUGUGGAGCAUUCUGGAAGAGUCUUUCGACUUCAGUUUGACGAGUUCCAGAUUGUCAGCAGCUCACACGAUGACACCAUCCUCAUCUGGGAUUUUCUGAAUGACCCAGCUGCCCAAGCAGAAUCCACUCGUUCCCCGUCCAGAACGUACACUUACAUCUCAAGAUAAAUAACACUACACUGUACCUCACACUCGCACAGGACUCAUUUAAGCUGCAGUAUUUAAAUUAUCUGCCAAUGCCAGGACAAAAGAACUAUCCACGUAACCAAUACUUGCUGAAGAGAGAAGCUCUCAGACUUGUUUCUGGAACAAAGUUGGCAUGCGGUUGAUCUCAGACAGGGUCUACUCAGCGCGGCUGACUGCUAAAGUGCUGCUAUAUCAGAAGAUGACUUUUAUCUUUCAUGAACAAUUAACAUUUUUAAGCCUUCCCAUCCCUUUCCUCCCUCGUCCCCAUCUUCCCGUUCACUCCUCUCCCCUUUACCCUGUUUGGUUCCCCUCCAAACCCAGUCACAGAUGUCCUGUGAAUAUAUUUAAGAUGUUGCCAGAAUGUGUUGCUUUGCUCAUAAGCAGAAGACUUACAGCCACAGUGCACCCUGCUGGGAGAGUCACUCCGGGGUGGGUGGGGAGGAGGCUGCUACUCUCAGACUGAAAUCAAUAUCCAUUGCUAGGCCUUUGUAAAAGCAUUCGACUCUGAAGAGCAAGAGAAACGCGUGUAACAGCCAGACCAGGGCCCCCCCUUCCCCGUGGCUUUUGGCUGUUUGACUGCAGACCUAUUCCUUUGGAGAGAGGACCCUUGAAAUUUGACUAUUAUGAGCUAAAUCCAUCUCCUUCCUCUCCUGCCUGCUCUGCUAACCCUUUGGAAGCUGGAUGUGUAUCGUAGUCUCCUUUAACAUCUGCUUUGCUGGGGAAUGCUAGUCAGUGAAAAGUUAAACGCUCUUCUGCCAAAGUCCCAAGCAUGAGGGACUGGGGCCGAGGUCCAGUUCCCACCAUCCCAGUGAAACGUUGUCUGAGGACAGUACUUCACUAGCAAAGAGGUGGUUUGUAUGAAGGACAAUCUUACCCCUGCUGUUCUCCCUGAAGACAGCUGAUGGCUUAGGAAUCGUUCUGUAAAUAGGACGAGGAGGGGAGCUGGGCUCUGCUCCUUUCCUUCCAUCCGAGGGUACAGUCUCCUGGUGAUGGCAGGUGGGUAGAUGACAGCCAGUUUUAAAGACAGUGAAGUUCAAAGUGGUUCCAGGACAACUCUACAGCAGUUCUGGGGCUGGCCUUACUAGGAAGCUCUAGCAGGGAGAGCCUUUGGUGUGCUUCUCCAACCUAUGUGCAUGCUGCGUUGCGGUGUAGGGACACGGGAUGAUCAGUCCCUUCGCUGAUAGCUGAGCUGGAUCUUCGCUUUCUGGCCGAGGCUUUUGCAAAUCGCUGUUGUUUAGGAGAUUAAAAUAACCCUGGAGGGGAGGGACAUGAGAAAAAAAAACUCUGCCUACCUCCGAACUAGAUAGAGAGGUCUGGGGAACGUGGCUCUUUCUGGAGAGCUGCAAGGAGUUGCAGCAGGCCUGCGUUUGGGUCAGGAAGGUCUGUGUAAAUCAUCCUGGCCGUUCUGGGCUGUGCCCACGUCUCCCACUGCAGGUCUUGAAUAACCCCACUGGGUUACAGCAGGGAGUUGCUCCAGUCCUGCAGUGGGAAGUCAGGGCGCUUUGUCUCUGGGCUAGGGGAGUUUGAAACAGGCUUUGUAACACCCUCUGAACUUGGAACUUGGCAGAGGGAAAAUUAUAUUCAGCUAUUCUCAUCAUCUUCACUUUGCUAUGGAAGCAGUUGCGUUGUUUCUAAUUGCUUGGGAUGCGCUUUUCCCACCAAUGAAAUCUUGCAAGGAGCCGGGCCCAGGGUCCCCAAAGAGCAGUUCAGAGGGCUUAAAUCAUUUCGGUGACAGCCAAGAUGGAUGAGCAAGCACUGGAGGUAUGGAGGAAUGGAAAGCAGGUGCGUAGGGUGUACCUGGCACGGUUCCUGCAGCGCAUGAGCAGCAGUGCUAAGCACCCAGCUCCCUGGGUUUUCGUUGAGCCUAGAGACUACAUCGGUUCAAAAGAGCAUCUCAGAGCGUGUGGUGACACUCCUGUUUGAAUUAUCACUGUAAAAAAGGGUCAAACAGGUUAACUCUGCUCUGUUCAGGUAACAUUGACAGCGUGACUUAUCCCUGCAGAGUCCUAAAUGUUCUGAGUGACGAUAGUAAGUUCACCCACAACAAAUUUUGACACUACUUCUGAGCCUAGGAAGGCCGUUUGAGAUUUCAGGCAGUUCCACAUAUCAGACAUAGUGCAGUCCCAAAGCAAAACUGGCCGGGGAGCAGGGAGAAUCAAAGUGCACAUCCCAGCCAUCUCUCAGUUCAAGUUCUGCAUCUUAUUCCUAAUGUUAUUUGAGCGCUGUUCCUCUAAGUUCAGUUAUGGCCUCGUCUGCAGCAUGGUUGCAUAUCAGUAGGGGAUAAACCUUGGCUUCAGAUUUAAUAGCUACUUCCCUCGCUUUGUCUGGUCAUCCUCUGUCUUUUCCAUUUAGGUCACUGUAGAAAACACCAGUCUGUUACUCCAGCCUCUGAAGGCUGCAGACUUCCUAAUAUUAUAAUGCGUCCUUGUGGGUACCGCCUGCAAGGAUGCAUUUUAUUUUAUUACUUGCAAGAAUUUGGGAGAAAUGGAGGACGGGCUGGCCAAACAGAGUCGCCACCACUGCAGAUUGUCCAUGGUUGUCGUAGCCCUGCUGCUCCGUGCUGCUGUCCUGUAACUUCUGAGCGCUGCUGGGUGCUCGAAUGGUGGUUAACCAUAGUUUGAACUCUGCUGUAUGGAGCUGUUCAAGGUGCAGUUUGUGAGCAACAGCUGAGAUCUGGUUUUGGCAAACGAUAAGAGCAGUGGCUCACCUUCCAGAAGGGGCUGUCUGGGGACUUGGUACAGAGCUGCAGGAGGGCAAGGCUUCCUACCCCGCUCCCGAGUUGUACAGAUUAGCUGAUAGCUAAGAAGGAAACUGAAGUUAACUGAUUAACUUGAACUUGAAACUGCCACAGCCUGACAUUUGGUGGUGUUCAGUGUACCCCCAGGGAGGAGCAAUCUGGUAAGUAGAUCUCUCAGUGUCAGCAGAGAGUGGCUUUUUCAAAUUCCCCCCUUAGGAUACGUGUGUGUGUGUGUGUGUGUGUGUGUAAGAGUGCAUGUGAGAGAGAGGUUUCAGCAUGAACCGACUGGGUAAAUCCUCGGCUGGGUCGGAGCAAUUGCAGAGUUUAUCAUGAAAAGAGCUCGAACGUGCUUGCUGAAAGGAGAUACAAAGGGGCUGGAAGUGUCUGUGGGCUCCAAGUGUUUGCACAUUGCUUUGAAAUGAAAUGAAAUACCUCUGCUGAGUAGAGAUCGUCACUUCUCCCACGAGUAGGAAGCUCGCGCUAGCCUUCCACCUCGAACUACGGGAUCCAAAGUCCUGGAGGUGCGGGACAUCAGAGCAGGACAGCCUGCUGCGGCCACACCGCCUCCUGCUUGUGACUCCUUGGGCAAUAGGGCACAGUUUCGCUGCAAAUAUUUCUCAUCCUCAGAGGAGCACGGCUUGCUUUAAAAUAUGCAAAUAGAGAACGGCAUGAAGGGAUUUGCAGGUGGGAGAACUUGCGCGGCUGUCUCCUGGGGAGCAGCUCCCUCUGCUCCUCACCAACCUUCAGGGACAGACACAUCGCUGCUGGAACAGAAGGAUUCGGGUGACCAGUCAAGAAGUCAUCAGAAACGCUGAAAUGCUUUACACUUGUUCCUAAACUGGAAGCUGACUUGGACCACCAUGCUCCACCUCCCUGCCUCUUGCUCCAAAGGAUCCUUUUUUCUUUUUCCUAAUUUUUUUUUGUUUUGGAACAACUCUGAAAAAGCUGGAGAGUAUCAUGGUAUCGUAUGCAUUUCUCUGCUCCUGGGUAUGUGUUUCCUGCCCCUGCCACGUGCUCCUUUCCCAGUCUGAGCAGAGCCCCAGGCUUGGCUCUGAGGUUUUUAGCAUCCCGGCUCUGAUGGGAAGCACAUCUCCAGCCUGGGCUCCUUGCCUAGCUCUGAGAGCACCUUCCUUCAGCACCAUUUUAGAUCUGACGUUCCUGGCUGGUGAUUCCCAAACUGGCAUAUUUGUGGGUGAUGCACAGAACCAGCAGCUCUUCCCGGUUAGGGAAGCUGACGCCAGCCUUCCUCCUGCAGGCUCGCUCUCGUGGGAGGAGAAGGAGGAGACAACCCCCGUGGUUGAAAGCUAGGAAGGAAGUGUGGGGAUGGAGAUGGACCUCUACGGGAGUGGGGACAAUGCUGAAGAUAGAUUUCUUAGUUUGUGUACGAGGCUCACAAGAACAAAGGGUUUCUCUAAGAACAUCAGAAAUGUUGGGAGGUAAUCAGGUGUUGCCUCCAGCUGCUGAACUGCUCGGCUGAUGCCCCCUUUUGGGUUGCAAUGGGGGCAUGAACUGGAAGGGUUGGUCUAAGAUAUGUUGGCCAAGAGAAGAAGGAACAUUGCCGGGGUUUCCAAGUGGCAUGCAUGAUGCAUCUGACGUGCUGAGCCUUGCCCUUCUGUUGUCCCCCCAGAAGCAAUAAGCAACAGCUUCCCAGAAGGAAGGGGGAACAGCAAGAGCCCCGGCUGUCCCCGGAGGAGGUCUCCAUAUGAAAUCCCUCCUACAGAAGCAACAGGUCCCUUGGGUGCAGCCCCAGCAGUGGGCCCAGGGGAGCGGUUGCCUGCUGAGGCUCAGAUUUGGCUUCUUCUCCUUUUCCCUUCCCCCUCUUUUUUUUUUUUUUUAUUUUUUUAAUGAGCUAUAGACUAACUCCUGGCACAUUCCCAAAGCUUCUCUCCCAUGGCGAGCCUUGAUACCGGGCCAGAAUAAAUCGUCCUUUGUCUUGUCAGAAAAUUCUUCCCGUGACUUUGUGCUUGCUCUCAAAACCCGUUGGGUUUCCCUUUUUGGCCCCGAUAUCCCCCAGGAGUUGUCACCACCAGUUAAUCCUCGGUGACAUUAAACAGAUACUGAAAAUUAGAGGGAUGCUGAUGUGUGUAGAUGUACGAGCCUUUAAUAUAUCGUAACUGACUCCUAGAUAGGUCCCUUUAUUAAUAACCUACUACCCUAAAAGGUAUCCUGGUUCCUGCCCAAGCAGGAAACGAGAGCAGCCGUGGCCAGAAAAUCAGCCUGAGACACCAGUCUUCAUCACAGAGCACCUCAGCUCCCUACCUGUACACUGAAAUAAAUUGGCUCACCUUUACAGACAGUGUUUUAAGCCCUGCGUGCAGGAGGAAGGCUGGCCAGCCUGUCCCGGGCUGUAUGCUGGGACCAACAAGGAGCUGGCUGUGAGAUUUUGGGGGAAAUUCAGUGUGAGAACCUGGCGCUGUUUGGGGAGCAGAAAUGUGCUUUCAGCUGCUUUGUCUUUAUCAUGUGAGGCAUUGCAGGGCUCAGCCAGCCUACCCACAGUUUUAGCAUGGCAGAAAAUAAUUUGGGGCUGAGCAAAAAGGAGCAGGGCUGGUUUCUCCAGCUAUUUACCAUCGGUACCUUCCUGAGAGCCUGCCAGGCCAGCCUGUGCUGCAUCCCUGCCUGCUCAGACUGAGAGGGGAGCGGGAGUGAGAGAGGUGAGAAAGAACAUGGUUUCUCCAGAGUUUUUGGGUUGUUACCCUGCUAUAUUUGUUAUCCGGAUUCUUAAGUAAUGAGUGCUUUGAAUUUCGUGAUUAUGUUACGGUGAUGUGUAGUUAAUGUACUAAUGUUCACUUGAGCUAGGGUCAUGGUAACAGUGUGUUUUGUUUCGUUAUCUUUUCUUUUUUCUUUUUUUUUUUGUUUUUUUUUUUUAACUGUUCAGAAAAUAACUUAAAUACAAAGGUUAAGCUGUGAA